AUGGAGAUUGCUAAGAAGAUGGUUGUGGUGUUUGGGUUGUUGGGUGAUGGUGUGAGAGCACAACAAGCAAGCAAUGUAGAAGUAUGGAUGGAUUGCUUUUUGUGGCCUAUGAGGCUCUACGAGACAGUUGCUUGUGGCAAGUGUUUGUUGGUGACUAAUACUAAAACUAAUGAUCAAGUAACAGUGAGAAUAGUGGACUGGCGUGCUUAUGGAGGGCCUGGACUUAGAUUAGAGUCUGUUUCAGCAGAUUGA